UACUCGUAUAUCUCUCUUAAUAAUGGUAUUUCAUCUAUGAAAAGUAUAAAAUUUGCCCAAGAUUACUCAAAUGCGGUGAAAAUAUUUUAUUUGUACAACAAUGGCUGCCUUAUUAAAGAAGAGAGCGCUAGCUGAGUACUGCCAGACGAUUGUGGAGGAAGCUCCGAAGCCUACCAAAAGGCUUCAGUUAGUGCGUCGCACUCGCACUGUAGAUCACAGUGAUUUUAGCAGUGCUUCUUUAGAAUCUACAGAUCCUCAGCUGUUGCUUCCAACACUAGUUAAUUUACACCACUCUUUGCCCAUUUCGGGAGAGCUGCAGGGAGAAGUGAUCCAAGCACUUAUCCUGCUUCUUCAAAAUGACUCUCUUCCGCCUAUUAUCACAAUCAAAGUUUUGGCUAUCCUUGCAGCCAUUAUCACUACUCACUCCCAAGCUCAGCUUGUGUUUGAAGAAGUUCUGAGUGUGUCAAGGAGAUCUAAGUCGAAUAAAGUCAUUGCUCAGGUGGUGCAUACUGUUUGUGCUUUAUCUCAGUGUCCUCCUGUUGAUGCCAAAUAUCAGGAUCAGGUUAUCCAGUUGGCCUUAUCUCAGUGCAACACUACUAAUUAUAUUAUAAAGGUGAGAUCAUUAGAAGCUAUUGGUAGCUUGUGUCCAAUUGAAGUUGGCCGAGUGCAGACUUCUAUAAUGAAAACCCUAAUUGACCAUACAACUCACCAAGAUAACCGUGUGAGAACAGCCGCUUUCAAUGCUCUUCUGCUUGUACAAGAGAAAGGAGUGAAACUAUCUGAGGAAGUUUAUGAGAAACUGUGCAGUGCUCUCACAGAUGAUUACCAGUGUGUUCGAGAGGCAGCUCUCACGCUAAUAAAGGUUGUAGCUGAGAGUGAUUCAGAACGUUUAGUUCCUAUCCCGGACAGUGAUCACCACGUACGUUUAGUUGAUCAUGCAUUCUCACAGAUAUGUAAUGUUGUCAAUGAUAUAAGUGUCCGUGUAAGAACACAGGCAGCUUCGCUGUUGGGCAGCAUGACCAAUGUAUCUGAGUAUUUCCUGCAGCAGACCCUUGACAAGAAACUUAUAUCUAACUUAAGGAGGAAACGCUCUGCCCAUGAACGUGCCCGGGCAAUGGUAGCCUCAGGGGAGUGGUCAUCAGGCAAACGUUGGGCAGAUGAUGCACCAAAGGAGGAAGUAGAGGCAGAUUCAGUAUCAGUCAUUAACACGGGCGCUUGUGGUGCUUUUGUUCAUGGGUUAGAAGAUGAGUUCCUUGAGGUUCGGAAUGCAACGUUGGAUUCUAUUUGUGCUCUGGCUCUUAAUAAUGCUCAGUUUGCCAACCAGUCACUGGAUUUCUUGGUUGACAUGUUCAAUGAUGAAAUUGAAGAAGUUCGCCUGAAAGCAAUACAGGUUCUUCAACAAGUUGCACCACAUAUAACUUUGAGAGCAGACCAGUUGGGUGAAAUUCUCCAUGCUUUAAAAGAUGCUUCACUAGACAUUCGAGAAUCCUUGCACACUUUUCUUGCAACCACAUUGCUCUCCACAAUGGAUUGUGUAAAGCUUUGUGUAACUGGCCUAUUGGAAAAUUUAAGAAGAUAUCCUCAGGAUAAACGCAGUAUUCACAAAUGCCUGCGUCUUAUGGGUUCAAAUCACCCAAUCCUUGUUCAAAGUUUGGUGCCUCAGCUUCUUGCAAUACAUCCAUACUUUGAUGGUGUGGAGCCCAGUGUACAAGAUAGUGAAUAUAUAUGUAAGCUGAUACUGGUGUUGAAUGCAGCUAAACACUGCCCAACCAUUCUGCCUCUUCUCGAACAGCACACGCUUCGGCACUAUGCAUAUCUUCGUGAUACGAUGCCCCAGCUUGUUCCAGUUUUAAAGCUUGACGAAGAAUGGCAGCCAACCGUUGAAACUGUUACUACCAACACCUCACGGUUUUUAAAGGAAUCAUUGGAGAAGGUAUCCUGCUUAGAUGGUGCCUCAACCCAGAUGAGGCUGUCGGUUUACCAGACAGUGUAUUCAGAUUUGAUCAAACUGGCAGAUAUUGAUCCAGCUUUGUCCCCUGCAGCUCAUUUUGCUGCAUUGUACACUCAGUGUAUGUUAUUAUUUAACAAAAUAAUGUCUACCAGGAAUUGGUUGACACCAUCAUCACUUUCUUUGCAACAAAGUGGAGCUCUUAAAAGUAAUGUGGAUCAGUUGCUGCGAAACACAUUUCGGCUACGUCAUGCUUUUACUAACUUGAGUCCCACCGAAGAAGCAAGCAUACGAAACCUUCGUGUCAGGACCUUAGCCUUACAGUUGGUGUAUGUUGUUCAUGGAUCUACAGGGUCUGCUUUAGGCUUGUGUGAUAACUUUUUAGAACACACUGAAGCUUUACACAGAUUCCUCACAGAUGAAAAAUUGAAAGCAGAUUCCUUUUUAGAAGCAGUGUUUGAAGAACUGAGUCAGCUAGAAGAGCCUCGACCUGGAGCCGUGGCACGUAUUUUACAGCCACUGCUACUAUCCAAUCCUGUCCCUGCAUUGGCUCCAAUCUCUAAUCCAGCUCAGGUACGCAUGUGUUCUGCAGAGAUUUCAGAACCUCAGGGAGAUAGUGAAUCAAUCCAUAAAUUGAGUGCUGGGUUAGUUGUUGGUGUACCUUUAGAUGCGGAAGUGUCUCACAUUCCAGAUCCUUCUACAUUACGCAUACGGGUAGCAUAUCCAGACCAUUCCACUCAUUUAAUUGUACCUCCUAAAAGUCACUUAAGGCCGGUUGGUCCUGGAACCUUCCGCCUGCUUACUACUGUCUUAGUUUCAGCUCAGAUGUCAUGGUCAGAGGCCUGUCAGGUUGGAAUAUCACUAGUAUUGGAUCUUAGUGACCAAGAAGUCUUGGCAGCAAGGAGGCAUUCUGUAGUAAAAUCAGAUGAUUCAGCUACUACUAUACAAUUAGUUAAACCUGUUAAAGUGUUUGUAUGGCCUAAGUCUAUUAGAAAAGGAAUAUAGAUUUAAUUUUACUGUAAAUGUCUCAUGUUUAUUUUUUUGAAUAAUGGAGUAUGUGUUGUUGUACAGUAUAGCUGCUAGUCAUAAUGUUAAAGUAUUUUUAAUAAAUUUAUAUUUGAGUAAAA